GCGAUCGUGGCUUUCUUUGCUGCGACGCAGCCCUCCGAGAAGGAGCGUUUGGGAUGGAGCUUCUCCGAGGAGCUGGAUUCUUUUACCAGGAUACUGCCGUAUGUGAUCUGUGCAUUCAAUGCUAUCGACCGUGACUGCGACGCGGUGGUUUCGGAUGAGGAAGUGACGUCCUGGUUGCAAAACCCGCAGUUGGAGCAAAGAGUGGAGGAGACGAAGUGGAGUUUCACAGAACUGAAGAGUGUCGAGGCGAGCCUGCCAGCGCUCUGCGUCUCUGGACUCUCGGGGCCGCAGGGCCUAGCCUUCAUCAUGGAGCACAUCAAGAACUUCCAUUUCGAGGAUGGUGUGCCCAGUAUGUCACUCCGCGAUUUCGUCCUGGCAUCGAUGAAGGUCUUCACGGAGCUGCACGUUCGGGUGGGUAGUAGAUGA